CAUUUAUUUUUUCACGACUUUUUUGUUGUUCAAUGUAAGAAUAAAGUCGAGGAAUGCGUUUUCUAAUUUCUGCCCGAAAAUCACGAUAAAGAAGAACGAAAAUUAUUUUUCUUGAUUUUUAAUCGUUCCAGAACGCGCUCGGAGGCGAUCCUUUUAAAAAUCCCCACCGGAAGGCUGCAGUGUUCGGAUUUUCCCAAGCUUCGUCUUGCAAAUCCCCGUCCCACCGUCCGCCGGUGACUGAUCAGGGGACGAUCUUCCGGAUUGUUAUAUCCCGGCCAAUCCAUCUCGAGUGACUUAAUCGGCAACAGAGUUCAUCAGGAUGCCGGCAACAGCGGGUAGAGUUCGCAUGCCUGCGAACAAUCGGGUGCACAGCAGCGCAGCCCUUCAAACCCACGGGAUAUGGCAGAGCGCCAUUGGGUAUGACCCGUAUGCCCCAAAUAAGGAGGAAUCCAAGAAUUCUUCCCUGCCGAAGUCCUCAAACUCUGAGCCUGAGCCCGAAAAUGCAUAUGUGAGUUUCCAAGGGCUUCUUGCACUUGCCCGUAUAACUGGCUCCAAUGCUGAUGAGGUUCGCGGAGCAUGUAAGAAGUGCGGUCGAGUUGGGCACCUUACCUAUCAAUGUAGGAAUUUUCUUAGUGUUAAGGAUGAUAUUAAGGGCAAGGACCCAGAUGCAUUGCAGGCUGCUGUUUUGUCAGGGUUGGAUAAACUGAAAGGCAGUGCAGGUAAGGGGAAUGGUAGGACUGCUGAGAGCUCAGAAGAGGAGGAUGAGAGUGAUACUUCUGAUUCUGAUAUUGAUUCAGAAAUUGAGAGGAUUAUUGCUGAACAGAGGGGGAGGAAGCCAAGUGAUAAAUGGAAGGGGAAGAAGGUAAGUGAUAAAGGACGGUCAUCGAGAAAGAGGGACUCCAAUGAUGAUGAAUCAGAUUAUGGGAAGACCAAGAAGAGAGGAAGGUCAAAGAAAAGAAGAAGUGGUAAGAGAGGAGGUGGGGAUUCUGAUGAUGAGGAUGAUAGUGGUAGGAAAAGAAGGAAUGAUAAAAGGAGGAAGAGGGAUGAGUCAUCUGAUGAUGAUGAUGAUCGCCGACACCGUCAUAGGAAAAGUAGGAAGGAGAAGAGGAGGAGGAGGAGUCAUCGGUAUUCUGAUGAUUCGGAUGUGUCAGAUGAUUGUGAUAGGCGUCACAUGCAGAAGAGCAGGAGGGCAGCAUCAUCUUCUGAUUCUGAUGGCAGUGGUUCUGAUGAUUUACGGGUUGGAAGAGGAACAAAACGGUCAGAGAAGAGGAGCCGGAAGCGCCGUGAUGAUGAUGAUGAAUAGUGCUUCUAUGACAGGCAUCUUGGGAAAAGACGCAUGUGAUCUUAUGGAAACCAGUGAUUGUUGAACUGAGCAAACAAUCAACUUUAGUCGUUAUUAUAUGAUAUCGUAUUAGUUUGUGGCUGAACUGUUUAAUGCAUUUUUUUUACUAUUAUUUUGGUGAGAUUAACAUGACCAUGCAAGUUGUGUAUCGACCAGUAUACAAGCUCUACUAUAAUGGAUGUGUUGUUGGGAUUGUCAUUUAUUUUCUCUAGUAGAAGGGUUCAAGACUUGUUACUUGAUGUUGUAGAAUGGGCUUUCUGUAUCUUCAUGCUGCAGAUAGCUUAGUGCAGUGGGGGCAGAUAUUCCAUUUUUUAUGGUUGCUGGCACUUGGCAGCAACAUAAUCAGUAAGCCUUAAAGAUAAUAAAUUGAAAAGCUGUGUUUUC